AUGUCAGCCUUGUCCAAGCUGCCCAAAAGCUCUCAAGACUGGACUCGAAUAGCACAGCAGCAUUCAGUCGUCGACUCGUCAAUCCACGACCUUGCUGACUUGAACUCGGGAUCCCAAGAUUGGAUCAGCAGAGAUGUGCUUAAGAAGGCCACCUCCUUCUUGGAGUCCUUUGGCCAAGACGAGAAAAAGAUCUCAGAGGGAUCCUUUUCAAUGGUCCAGUACUAUCAGCGACUAUCUAUACAACCAAGACAGAAGCCCUCUCAUGAAGAAAUAGACCUCUCGUCACCCAAGGUUGCUUUCAGUCCUCGAGUAACGCGGAGCCAAGCAGCUCGACGGUACCAGGGAUCCACAUCACGGCCAGAGACGCCUUCUCGCCCGCCCAAGGAAGAUAUGUCAAUAGAUGAGCACUUUGGUAAUUUGGUCCUCGAUCCAGACACAUCUAGCCUUAAUUCAGAUCCGCUGGGCCCGCUCUCGUACCACUCGUCCCUUUCUGGAGAAACCGGAAAGCAAUACCAGAGUAUUGAGGACGAACAAAUCGUUAACACCGCUUUGAUUCUGUUCCUCAACGCCCUCACGCUUCAUUGCGAUUCUGUCCAGGGGGCGUGGACUCUCUAUCGAAAGCCCUUCGUGGUCAAGGCCUCAGCAACCAAGGUGUACGAGGCACGUGUGGAUGGCCUGUUGCGGGUCAAGGACAGAACCUGUGCUAUCGUCGAAGUCAAGCCCUUCAUCAGGUACGGGUCGGAAAAAAACGCUGGACAAGAUUCGCAUGCAAGAAACGGCUCAGAUGGCGGCUUGGGUAGCGCAGGAUCCCCCCGUGCUGAAAAAGCCCAACACCAAAUUUAG